AUGUUUGCCAUAACGGUUUGGUGGAGAUGGAAAUGGAAAUGCAUCAACAUGUUUAAUGCAGCUGGGAAGCGUCGUGACAGAGAAAAGUUUGUGAAGGACCAAGCGAAAGAGGUGACGAUGGCGUAUACUAAGGCAAAGCUGCAUAACCAAGUGAAGCGAACCAGAGUGGAGAGAGAAAUCAAGUGGAUACGACUAAGUCCUGGUUGGAUAAAGAUUAACACCGACGGCGCCUCGAAGGGUAAACCAGUUUUGGUAUCUGCAGGUGGAGUAAUCCAUGAUGAGAACGGCGCAUGGUGUCAAGGAGUUGCUCUGAACAUUAGGAUUUAUACUGCCUCACUCGCUGAAUUAUGGGGCGUAUAUUAUGGGCUAGUGAUUGCGUGGGAGAGGAGAUCACAGAGAGUGGAGUUAGAAGUGGACUCGGAGGUAGUUGUUGGGUUUCUCAAGAUAGGGAUCAGUGGUUGA